AAAAGAUGUAUUCCGGAUGUAAAUAAUUGGAGUAUAUUAUAUAAAAGAAAAUAGAUUUAUGAAAAACAAGUGAUGUAAAUUUCUUAUGCUCAAUGGAUUCUUCCAUUUAGUGAUCGACUGAAGGCCAAAAAUUGUGAAAUAAAAAUAGCAUAUAAAAUUUUGACUCACUUACAGCUAAUAAACUGAUUUAAACAACAGCGUGCCAAAUAUCCUGAAGAAAUACUAAAUUUUCUCGGACUAUUUCUAAUUAUGCUUCUAUUGAGAAUUAUAUAAAUGUUGAAACAAAUCUUAUGUGUAUAUAUUAUUGAUAUUCGAAAACACUGGCCAAUCAUUUUUGAAGAAACUUAAGUGCUUAAAGUACAAAUAUUUGCUUUAGAUAUUAGCUUAUAUUGAACGACCGUUGCAGUAUUGAAAAGUAUUUCAUGUACUGAGAGCUAUUUUUCUUAAAUCACAAUACGUAUUUGUUUAUUUGAAAAAAUAGUAUAUUUAAUAGUAUUUCGUAGUUUAAACUAAAAUAGUUUAAACGGACAUUAAUACUAUAAACAGAAAUCAGGUAGUUCAGCGCUGACUUUGAAUUAUAUUCAUAUAUUAGCAUUUUAGUGACACGUGUAUAGCAACUAUAUUUUUUUGUUCAAACAUUUGCUGUAGAAGAUAAACAUUCCGCUUUGAACAUAUUUGAACAAUUAUUUUUAAUAACUGCAAACUACUUCACCUUUCAUUCUUGAGAAUAUUAUUCUGAUUAUUUUUCAACUUGAUGAGAAUAGAACUACUCUUAGAUCUGUAUUUUAUACAUUCCGGUAAAAAUCAAGAACAUUCUAGAUCUCUUUCUUUGAUAAAAGAAAAGAAUACUGGAAAGUUUUUAUUACUUAUUUAAUGUAAACAGUUUUCUAACGAACAACUAGUGAAAAUGCGAAACAAUAGUUCAGUGUACCCGUCAGAUUCAGUGGAAAUGAUUGAAAAUCACCGAUUUGAUAACGAUUAUGAAAGGUCAACUUUGGCAGUGGACAUGUCCAAAAGGAUGCUGACAGCAGAUGGCUCUUCUAAAAGAUAUGAUAGAAGAGGGCGAAGAACUACGGUGGCCUGUGUACCCCAUAGCUCAAUGCCUAUUCUAGAUGAUAAUGGUAUUGGUGCUGAAAGAAAAGUUCAUCAUCAAAGCUGGUCCGAAUUGUCCACUUCUGGACUGUUUCGAGAUGCUGGUGUAGGCAAGCCGCCUAGGAGUAGAGCCAAAAGAGUAGAAUCGAGCGAAGAAAUCUUUUUGGAAGAUAUUCAAGAUGAGGAUUUAGAGCCCUCCUCCUUUCCUUCUCCUUCUACCCCUCUCAGGAGGGACGAAGAGAUGUCCACCCUUUUCUUCCGAGAUGGUCUUCGGAAGAUCGACUUCGUGCUCGCUUAUGAGGACUCUGACUUCCGGCGAAACGAAUACAGAGACAUGUUUCAAAAGAAUCUUCGCAAAGCAGGAUUGGAACUGGAAAUAGAGGACAAAUCGCUUUCACAAGAUGGGAAGACAUAUUUUCUAAAAAUUCAUGCCCCAUACACAAUUCUCCGGAAACAUGCUGAAGUACUCAACAUAAAAAGACCAAUUAAGAGCCAAGUGGAUAGCGAGCAGCAUCAACUUGACAAACCACGUUUUUCUAUUGCAUACGAACGGCAUUUGAGAACUCUCUCCGAGCAUAAGUAUGCGGAGGAAUCAUUUGCGUGUGAAGACAUCAAACCGGAAAAAGAUAAUUUCAUCGUGCGUUUUUUCCCUUCAUCUUUCCGAGAUCUCUUCAGUUACGACCGCACGCUUAUACCAGACGAUAUCGACAAGAGCGAUCAAAACUAUAGUGGAAGCAGCGUCAACGGGACUUUGGGAAGCAGAUCUUCCUGCCGGGAUGUGAUCAAAUAUACCGACGCACAGCGGAGUCGCAUUGUUUGGGAGAUUUUGAUUCGAACACCUCACCACGGAGAUGGGAGGGCAAGUACAGGAGUUUUGUAUCUUGUAAGCAAUGGAACAUACACAGCUGCCUAUCCCUUACAUGAUGGUCCGUAUGGCAAAGGUGCUUACAAAAAAGAGGAAGGUGAACCAAAUCUAAGAAGACUUCUAUACAGCGAAUGGGCGAGGUUUGGCUGCUGGUACAAGAGGCAACCACUUUGUCUCAUUAGACGAUACUUCGGCGAAAAGACUGCCUUGUACUUCGCAUGGCUCGGAUUCUACACAACAAUGCUAAUUCCGGCUGCAUUUUUGGGAUUGUUUACCAUGAUUUAUGGGAUCAGUACGAUGAAAUCGAACAUUCCCAGCAAAGAGAUUUGUGACCCAGAUGGCCCAGGAUCCUUUCCUAUGUGUCCGCAAUGCGAUAAGCGGUGUGAUUACUGGACGCUUAAGGAUGGAUGUUUGUUCAGCCAAAUUGUUCACUUGUUUGAUAAUGCAGCUACCGUAGGAUUUGCGGUUUUCAUGUCCUUAUGGGCAACCAUGUUCAUGGAGUUUUGGAAAAGAAAACAAGCUACUCUGGCAUGGGAAUGGAAUUUAGCUGAUCUGGAUUACGGAAUGGAACAAAUAAGACCCGAGUAUGAAAGUACAGUAAAAAAUUACCGCCUUAAUCCAGUCACAAUGGCAAUAGAGCCGUUUCUUCCGUUCUGGAGCAAAGUGUAUAGGAUCGCUGCAGCCAACUCAGCCGUUCUCUUCGUGCUAAGUCUUCUACUGGCCACUGUGUUCGGCUUGAUUGUUUAUCGCAUCAUCCUGGUCACUGUACUCACUGCCAGUGAUCACCACAUCUGGAAGACGUACGCCAAAAUCACCACAUCUAUCACCGCGUCAUUAGUCAAUCUAGUCGUCAUCGUCAUCAUGGACAAAGUUUACAGAGAACUUACUGCCAAACUCACAAAUUUAGAGCAACCUCGUACCCAACGAGAAUACGAGGACAGCUUCACUUUUAAAAUGUUUUUGUUCGAAUUCAUCAAUAUGUACUCAUCUCUCAUAUACAUUGCUUUUUUUAAAGGCCGAUUUUUUGGCCAUCCUGGACAAGCGUUUACUUUAUUUGGCUUUAGACAAGAUCAAUGUGAGCUUGGAGGGUGCCUUUUCGAAGUAUGCGUUCAGCUGGCCAUCAUCAUGGUUGGAAAACAAAUUUUAAAUAACAUUUCUGAGCUUUCUUGGGCGGAAAUGAUGAACUGGUGGAAGCGUUGGUGGAGGACGCGAGACGGUCCAAAGGAUAGAGUUGCCACAACUCGCUGGGAGAUCGACUACAACCUGUUAGAAUGUGAUCGCAUGGCCCUCUUCGACGAGUACCUGGAAAUGGUCAUCCAGUUUGGCUUUGUAACUCUGUUUGUCGCCGCCUUUCCCCUCGCUCCUCUCUUUGCCCUGUUAAAUAACAUCGUAGAAAUUCGCCUGGAUGCUUACAAAUACGUCACUCAACUGAGGAGGCCCCUAUCCGCAAGAGUGCCUAACAUUGGUGCCUGGCAAGCUAUCCUGAAAGGACUGUCAGUUUUCGCCGUCAUAAGCAACGCUUUCAUGAUUGCGUACACCAGCGACUUCAUUCCCCGGUUGGUCUACAUGUUCGUCACCAGUAAAAACCGAACGCUGGACGGCUACAUCGACAAUUCCCUAUCGUUGUUCAACACCAGCGACUUCAGUGACGAAGUGCGCCCAGACGAACCCAUGCUAGGAGAUUUAAAAAUCACCGUUUGCAGGUAUCAAGAUUAUAGAAAUCCACCUAAUCAUACUGAUCCAUAUCAGCUUAACAUGAGAUAUUGGCAUAUAUUUGCUGCGAGGCUCAGCUUCGUCGUCGUCUUUGAACAUUUGGUUUUCUUCAUUACCAGCAUUCUAGCAUACAUGAUCCCCGACAUUCCCAAGUCAGUGCAGCAGAAGAUCAUGAGGAAGCGCCACCUGGCGAGAGAGGCCCUUUACAGGACAGAAGCAGAAGAAGCUAGGACAGUUCUGGAGACCACAGAUGAGACCCUUACGGGAGAAGGUGACAGCGCCAUCCUACCUUGCUGACCAUAACCACAUCUUCUCUCUUUGGCUUACGGACAUCUUCAUUUGAUGCACUCUCUACGUCCUUAGCUGCCUCAGUUUGCAUGGCAGAAUUUCACUGGUAUAGCCUUGAUCAUUAAAGAUCGUGUCAACGCGAAA